GCAGUGCAACACUGAGAGUGAGCUCCAAUAGCUGAUUACUGAAUGAGAUACUGCAAACGGGUUAAAAAAAAAUGAACGGCAUGUGAGAAGCAGUCAGAGUGAGGCAGAGAAGAGAGCUGAGAGAGCAAAAAAAGUGCUCAGGCUGGAGAAAGUCUUCCCCAGAUGUACUGGACUGCCCUUUUGGAAAUGGAUAUAAGGACCAUCUGCUGUCUGUAGAUCAGAGGACUGAGAGUGAGAAGAAAGGGUUUGUGGUAUUUUAAAUAAAAAGAUAAGUUAUUCAUAACCAAUUCAUCAAGACGUCAUGAGAUUGUUCCUGCAUGGGAUGCUGGUGCAUAAAUCAAAGCUGCAGAUACCUAUUGUACAGCUUACUUUGAUAUAAAAAAGAAAAAAGAGCAGCAAUGCAGGGAAUAUUGCAAUAAAUUUUACAGUGGUUAUGUGAUUUGUUUAUUAAGAUAAAGAAAAAUCAUCCUUGCAUGACUGUGGAGUUCAUAAGGCACUGCGUUUUAAUGCUGAGAGAUGCUAGACAUUAAAUCUGACAACUGUGAAAAGAGAGAUCAUGGAGAAGUCAAGUAGUGAGGAUUCUUCAAUUCACCGUAGUCCAUCUUUGGAUAGCAAGGACUCGGACUUUGCUAAACCUUCUACCUCAGGCAGGCAGUUUGGUCGAGGUUUUACUGCUGGAGCUUUUUACGGCACUGCUGGAUCACGGACACAGAGCCACACCGGGGCUGGAACAGGGACUGGCAUUGGAACUGGGACUGGCAUAAAAAGUGACAAAUACAAUGCACCCAAAGGCAACAAAUAUGUGGUGUUUUACCUGGAUCUAUCUUUUGUUUUCCUUUUAGAAUUUAAGAAGUGCAACAUGGCAAGAGGCUGCCUGUGUUGUUUGAAAUACAUGAUGUUCCUUUUCAAUUUAAUGUUUUGGUUAUGUGGCUGUGGACUGUUGGGCGUGGGAAUAUGGCUAUCGGUGUCACAAGGAAACUUCGCCACAUUUUCUCCCAGCUUUCCAUCAUUUUCGGCUGCCAACCUUGUCAUUGCCAUUGGUACAAUCAUCAUGGUGACCGGUUUUUUGGGGUGUCUGGGUGCUAUCAAGGAAAACAAGUGCCUCCUUUUAAGUUUUUUCAUCAUUUUGCUGAUAAUUCUCCUGGCAGAGCUGAUAUUACUCAUUUUGUUCUUUGUUUAUAUGGACAAGGUCAAUGAGAAUGCAAAGAAGGAUUUGAAAGAAGGCCUUCAGCUUUACAAUACAGAAAAUAAUGUGGGGCUGAAGAACGCAUGGAAUAUCAUUCAGGCAGAGAUGCAUUGCUGUGGGGUUACUGAUUAUACUGAUUGGUUCCCUGUCCUGGGGACAAAUGUCGUCCCAGACCGAUGCUGUAUGGAAAAUUCCCAAGAUUGUGGACGGAAUUCUACUGAUUUAGUGUGGAAAACGGGUUGUUACGAGAAAGUUAAAAUGUGGUUUGAGGAUAAUAAGCAUGUUCUCGGGACAGUUGGGAUGUGUAUCCUCAUAAUGCAGAUACUUGGCAUGGCCUUCUCCAUGACACUCUUCCAGCAGAUUCAUAGGACUGGUAAAAAAUAUGAUGCUUAAAUCUUCAAAAUGUUAACUGCAUCUACACUUCUGUCUUGCCAUUAAAAACAAAGCAAAACAACUGAAAAGAAAAAUCAAGCUUUGCUCUGCUGAAGGCAUUCAUCCCACCGAUCAAUCUACGUCAUCAUUACUUGACUGAUUACUAGCACAACUUGCUACUUGACUUACUUUUUAGUUUCUGUUUUGCAUUUGCCAUUUAUUUGCCAAAGAAGAAAAGGAAAAAUAAUAAAAACAAAUCAGUUUUCUACACUAAUUCAUAGAUCUAUUAAACUUUUCCGUAACUUUAUUUAAGGAAAUGCUUUGCUCUACUAACUGUCGUUAGACAUGCAAGGAUAACGUGAUAGAUGUGUGUUUAACUUCGAGAGAAUUCUUUGAAGUCUUCUGAUAAGUCUCAAACCGUUCAUGUCUGACAUACUGGAAGACUUGGGAAAGCCACUCAGACUGAGAGCCCUAGGAAUCAGAGCUGCUUACUUGCAGCUUUUUGUACCUUAUGCUGUAUACUUUUUUAUUAUAGAGAUCGCUUAGAAUUUAGUAGCCUGAUUUGUAACUUCUUACUGUUUUGUUUUACAUCUGUCAUAUUUUAAUCUAGGAACCACUGUGCGAUCUUUGAAGGACACAUUAUUUCCACCUUUUAAACUAAAGAUAAAAAAGACAUGACUGUUGUAAAGUCCCUAGGGAGGUUACAUUUAACUGCAUCGUCUGAGCUACCGUGGGUUUGUACCCUUACUAUAUUGAUGACAGUCCUUUCAAUCAGGUGGCUCAGUACUUUAGGGCCAGAUUGGGUUGCCCUUACUCUCACUGGGCUAAAUGGUGAACCCCUUACUCUCAAUGGGCUAGAUUGCGAUGCCUUUAUCCACAAUGAGUAGCACCUUACUCCUCAGGUAGGCCUAUUGAAUGGGACUACUUUCAGCAUGAUACUAUUCAGUGUGAGUAAGUGUAUCAGGUGAGUAACUGCUCACUGGCACCAGGAAGGGGCUUCCUCUCUGGCCCAUUGAGUAGUAGUUUACUUUCUAAGUAGUCUCAUUGAUUUCAGUGGGAUGGCUUAUUGUGCACGGUGCUGUACAUCAUAAGGGGAGCACAAUCGGUUCAUUGUCAGUUUUCCUGAAAGGCAUUUACUUGACAAUGGGUGCAGUUUUGCCAGGCUGGCGAGGUAGCUUUUGAACAACCCCGGAGGUAUAAAGCUGGUUAAAGGCAAGUGGGGGAACGGUGUGCCGUAUGUCCCAAGAGAGCGGGAAAGGCAUGAUUUACGUUUUCACUCUGAAAUCAGUUGCUCAGAUAGGUGCUCAGAACCUGUUUGUAUCUUUGCACAUACAGUGUUGACUUUUGUCUUCUGUUUUCCAAGUCAGACGUACUACAUGGUAGUUCAGAACUCAUUACAACACACAUUUCUACUGACAUUCCUGCUAGAAAACUUGAACAUAUUCCUCUCUAGUUUGAAUGCUGCUUCUUUCACAGUGGCCCCUGCUUGACUAGUUUUGUUGUUGGUUUUUUUUGGCAGAGGUCUUUCUUACAUUUUGCUGCUUCAUGAAGGAAAGUAUGAAUGAAAAUGAAACUUCAGUCAUUUUGUGGACACUCUGGUUUUAUUUUAGUCAGACAUUUACUAUAAAACUUAGUGGUAAUUUUAAAAUACAUUUUAAUGCUAAUUUAUUACUUGCUGGGCCCAGAUAGCUGUUGAAGUGGACAGAUGUUUAUCAUCUGCUAUCAAAGUAGUGCAGUGAUGCUUACAGAUUUGAGGUCCUUAUUCUUAUUUACCUGAAGCACCUUUACACCUCUCUGACAGUGUAAAGGGGCCUUGAAGUGAGUGUAAAUGUACUGUAUGCCAACUUUAAGGCCCAUUUACACAGAGUGAUGUGAAGGAGCAUUAAUAUAAGUGACAAUCAGGCCUUGAGAAUCUAGUCCACCAUUUUCAAACUUGGCUGCCUACCAAUAGGCAUCUAAAUUGAUAUCUAGGCAGGUCACUUCUUUAGAUAACUUUCAGAGCGGUUGAGCUCCUAUCUACAGGUUGCAUAGAAGUCAGUGGCACUGCAGGGGCUCAGGUUCUUUGAAAAUCAGGCCACAUAUUUACAUGCCUAGAAUGUAGAAUUAGGUUCCUAACUUGAGGCCCUCAAGGUUGAAAAAGUUGGGUCUAAUGCACAUAUUAUUGGUGCAGGAUAAUACAAUCCGUCCUUCCUGUUUGAUUGCGUAUACUCACCCUUUAGUUAUUCUUCCACUGGCCGUAUUGGUGACUGCUGCUUCAUUCAUAUUUCCUUUUAAAGACUUGAGGAACGAGGAGGGGGAAAAUACAGACAAAACCUGGUUUACUUAAAUUGUAACAAAAAUUGGGACCAUGUGUGCCUGAGCUCCGUUUGAGACAUUCUGUGUUAAGAAUGGGAGCUCCGGCACUGAGCAUAUUUGCUGCUAUGUGUAAGAUAGUCUCCAAAGUUUCCAAAAAAAUGAUAAGUUUUGAAUUUUUGCAUUUUAAAAAAUGUCUAUCUUUAAUCCAUAGCUCUACUUCUUUAUCUUUUAUGGUAGGGUUAUUUUGCUUUCCCUUGUAAAAUACCAACGUUUUCUCUCUCAGACAAACAUAGAAGGGUGGAAAAAUAAGCAAGACCAGGAUGCUAAUCCUUCUGAAGACGCACAGUGGUACCUGUUGAAAUCUUACAUUGUAAUCUGUGGUUGGUUUUUGUAAAAAAAAGAAAAAAAUGAAAGCAGAAUGCAUUUAUACAAGUAACCAUGAAGGCAAAAUACAUAGUGGAAAACUAAAGCUAUUUUGCCUUUCCUUAAAACUUAUUUUUUGUAGAAUGCUCAGUUAUGUUUUAUGACCUGAUAGCAAGAUAGAUAUUGAAAAUUCUUUUUUUCAUGAAUUCUUUUAGCAUUUUAAGUACAGUAUUAACAGAGAUAAUUACACAAACAGUAUUGUCAAGUCUCGCUUUAGCUGACUAUGGAAAGGGAAUUAAGCAAAUUAAGUAAACAAUUAGCAUUAUAGUACAGUAGCUGAAUAUCAAACCAUAUAACAGGAAAACCUGUGUUUUGAAAACAAAGAAAAAGCAACACUGUUCUUAAGGUGACAAAAGCCAGCCAUAAAAAAAUCAUUAGAUUAUAUUUGUUGGUAUACAUCAGAGAAGAUACUAAUGUCCUUUGACUGUUUAGUGAAAGGGAUAUCGAUUUUGUUUAAAAAUGCACUUUUUUGCUUGUAUUGGUGGAUGGCUGUCUGUGCAUUUUUCCAAAACAUUGCUUUGAUUAUUUAACUACACAUUUUUAGCAUGUUUUUAAAUAAAAACUGAUACUGAGUAAAAGUAUUUUAAGUGUAUACAAAUGUUGAUUUGUAUUUAUAUAUGCAUAUAUAUAUAUAUAUCAUUGAAGUUCAGUUCAACUGUAUCAAAGUUUUGUUGCUUUUUAAAGUGUCAUUUUAGAAUUUUGCAUACAUGAUAUUUUGUUGUGCUUUUUGCACCCAGGUUUUUAUAUAUAAGCCUAAACUGUAGAGGAGCUUAAAAUCUGAUUGAUACAUCUUUGGAUUUCAGAGAGGCGGGUAAGACUUAUAGCAGUAGAGGGUGUCCAUAUUUAAUUCAGUAGCAGUGUCAGAACUGUCAAGAGGGAAAAGGGCUUUUUCUUUAUGACAGGUAACUGCUUACACUUCCAAGCAUGUGGCUUUCAAAUCCUGGGUGCAUAAUGUCCAGAAACCAGGGCUAUUUUCCUCAGUCUGGCCCUUUAUGUUUACCUGUAUUCCUAAUUAAGAAACAAGGCCAGAGUGCAUUUUAUUUCCACAAUUAAUUACAGUGGCUACUGCAGAAAACCAUUAUCCAAAUGUAACAGGGACUCAUUCUCUAGGGGAAAUAGGAAGCUCAUAGGACUGAGGGUAAGUGGCUAAGGUUCAGAGAAUUCAGCACUACAGGUCUGAUCUUGCAGGGUGCUAAGUUGUGAGAUGCUGCGCAUUCUUAGUUUCAUUGACUUCAAGGGCAGUUGAUGGUGCCCAGUUGACCUUGCUCCUGUCCCUGUUAUCUCAUUAGUUGUCUCCCGGAAUCAUUUGGCUUCCAGGUCCUGUGGAUCCUCCCCUUAGGCUGGGGGGAGGUCCUUUAAGCCUGCCCACUUCUUGGAUCCCAAUAGGACCUCAGACUCCAAGCCUCCGGAGAAUGGAACAAAAUACUUCUAAAAGUGAAGUCAGACAGUUUUCUGGCACAGCGUUGCCAAAUCUUUAACUUUUGACUGUAGCAGAGUAAGUGCCCUGAAAUGACAUGCUCAAAGCAAUUGCUGCAGGAGCUCUCAAAGCAGAUGAUCAUGGUGGUCCCUUCUGACCCUAAAGUCUAUGGCCUCGUCCAGACUAGGGGAGGAAAAUCGAUCUUAGA